CGACGACGACCACGGCCGUGGCGGUGGCCCCAUGUUUUCUCCUAGCCAGGAGGAGCACUGCGCGCCCAACAAGGAGCCCGUCAAAUAUGGAGAGCUCAUGGUUCUCGGGUACAAUGGCUGCCUCCCUAAUGGUGACCGGGGUCGUAGGAAAAGCAGAUUUGCCCUUUAUAAAAGACCUAAAGCAAAUGGCGUCAAACCUAGCACUGUUCAUGUGAUUUCAACACCUCAAGCAUCUAAGGCCAUCAGUUGUAAGGGACAACACAGUAUCUCCUACACGUUAUCACGAAAUCAAACCAUUGUAGUAGAAUAUACGCAUGAUAAAGAUACUGAUAUGUUUCAGGUUGGCAGAUCAACAGAGAGCCCCAUAGAUUUUGUUGUAACAGAUACGAUUUCCGGAAGCCAAAACAGCGAUGAAACUCAGAUCACCCAAAGUACUAUUUCCAGGUUUGCAUGCCGCAUUGUCUGUGACCGGAAUGCACCAUAUACAGCCAGAAUAUUUGCUGCAGGAUUUGACUCUUCCAAAAACAUAUUCCUUGGGGAAAAAGCAGCAAAAUGGAAGAAUCCAGAUGGACACAUGGAUGGAUUAACAACUAAUGGCGUUCUAGUCAUGCAUCCUAAAGGAGGGUUCACUGAAGAAUCGAAACCUGGUGUUUGGAGAGAAAUUUCAGUCUGCGGUGAUGUAUAUACUCUACGGGAAACAAGAUCUGCUCAACAAAGAGGCAAGCUAGUGGAAAAUGAAACCAACAUCCUACAAGAUGGUUCUCUCAUUGAUCUAUGUGGGGCCACACUCUUGUGGAGAACAGCAGAUGGCUUAUUUCACACACCAACUCAGAAACACAUAGAGGCUCUACGACAAGAAAUCAAUGCUGCAAGGCCCCAGUGUCCCGUGGGACUGAAUACACUGGCUUUUCCUAGCAUUAACCGUAAAGAAGUGGUAGAAGAAAAACAACCGUGGGCUUACCUCAGCUGUGGCCAUGUCCAUGGUUAUCAUAACUGGGGACACCGCAGUGAUACAGAAGCCAAUGAGCGUGAAUGUCCCAUGUGCAGAACUGUUGGUCCAUAUGUUCCUCUUUGGCUUGGGUGUGAGGCAGGCUUUUAUGUUGAUGCUGGUCCACCAACUUAUGCUUUCACCCCUUGUGGGCAUGUGUGCUCAGAAAAAUCUGCCAAAUACUGGUCUCAGAUCCCAUUGCCACAUGGUACUCACGCAUUCCAUGCUGCCUGUCCUUUCUGUGCUACCCAGCUGACUGGAGAUCAGAACUGCAUCAAACUUAUUUUUCAGGGUCCAAUUGACUGAUAAUGCCAUUUUACAGAUGACCAUUAUACAGCUCACUUUGUUAACAAUUUACUGUGAAGAUAAAGAAUUGCCACUAACUCUAGAUUUUACCUUUUUUAAAAAUAAGAUUGUUAUUAAUGAGGGCUUUGGGGUGGGAUUAGCAGCUGGGAUGUGAAGUUAUUUUGAUAUCUGGAACCAAACAGUUAUCAGUGGCAUUGCAUGCGGAACAGCAGCAUGCUCAUGAUGACAUCUUUUUUUGGUUAAGCUGUAGUAUAUUUGUAAGAUUUGUAAGAUUAGAAGAAAAAUACCAGUGUCUUAAUGAUUUUUUUUAAUAUUGGAUUUUUUAACAGAAAUGUUUUCUUCUACACUUUGAAUGACAAGCCUUUAAAACACAUAUUUUUUCAAUCUAAAAGAAGCAUACAGAAUGUAAUUUGUCCUCUCUUUUUAAUUUGCAAUAUAGUUAACUUGAAUAAUUCAUUCUCAAAGGGGAUAAAACUAGGUGAAUAUUCACUUAAUACAUUGAACAUAGAGUGAAAUAAAAGGUUGGCUUUAUCAAUAUAGCACAAAAUAAUAUGAGAUUCUGCAGUGUUGUCUAAUAUAGCUGUCCAAGAGACAUAGUUACUUGAAAGUUGGGGAUCUCUGGUUGUGGGUGACUUUCUGUGUUAUUUUUCUUUUCUUCAAAUAAAAGUUGCUAUGUUAAACAAUGCUCGUAAAACUAAUAGGGGAAGUUUGAGGAACAGGUUAUUUGCUCAACCUAAGUUUAAGGCAGUGUAUGCAAAAUGAGCAUUUCUUUCUUUGCUUCUGAUUCUUCUGAGCCAACUCUGUUACCUAUCAGUAGCAAGGACUGUACUAUCAUUCUACCCUGCAUUUUAGUAAAUUUACACAGCAUAGAAUGGUCCUGUAAGGAUUAGUAUUAGGUCAAUUAUCAGAGUAGGACAAGAACCAUAUUUCUUUUUCCAUAGUAUCCAUGGCUCUUAUCAUGCGCUAAUAAUCUUUCCAUGCAUGUUCUUCCUAGCUUGGAUGGUCCUGCUUAGGUCUGAUUCUUUUAUGGUGCUCUUGCAGCACCAUGGCUGAAGCAAAGUGGUUCUCCCACCAGUGUAGUGAUGCUAAAUUUUAUCUCAUUUAAAUUCAGUGGCCGUAAAUCACAAUGUAUAACAAGUCUUUUUCAAUUUUGCAUCUGGUGUCAUUUGUACUUUUCAUGCAUAUCUACCUAUUUGUACCAUCUUAACAGUUUUGUCUCUUUCUAAUUCUGCCUUUUGGCUUUACUUGCAUUAACUUGCCCUUGCAUGUCUGAGACCUGUGAGCAAAAGAAAAUGUAGACACUUAUUAAUCCAGUUUUUCAGUAAUUUCACUUUCUACAGUAGUGGGAAGUUUUGGACAAUUUUUUGUAGAACACACACAAACUCCCCUUGAGCUUAUAAUCAGUUUGAUGCCCUCUUCAGUCUUAACCAACUGCAGAAAAUUCUGCAUAAUUCACAUGUUUAAAUUCUUGUUAAUCAUUUUGAAAUAAUAAUUUAAAAUAGGUGAUUUUGUAGCACCUGCUUCUUUUAUGUUUCCCAUAAUGUGCAAAUCUUUUCUAAUAAUACUAUUGACUUGUUAAUGUUUGGUUUGCUAUUUUUCUUUUCUUCCUUUUAUUAAUUUUGAAGUUGCAUCUAAAAAAAACCCCUUUAAAUGUUUAGGAUCAAUUCCUGUCUUAAGUAACUUGAAAUUCUUGAUUUAGUAUGGCAGGAAUGGUGGAUAGGAAACAGGACAAAUUACUGCUCAUUUUGAGAAUUAUUUUACAUGUAGUUUAUUGUUGUUUUGGUAUAGAAAUUCCAUUUUUUUGUUUUAUACUCAUGCUAUCAAAUUUAUUCAAUUUUUCAUAUUGCCAUGAAAAAAUUAGUCUCUACCAGAAAGAAAUUAAUUGCAUAUCUUGAAGUAAAUCUUGCAUUUUGAAUUAUCUGUUAAAAUGCAGAACAGUCCAUUGGUUUACUUUGUCCUUGGUUAAGUAUAGAAGUUAUAUGAUUUUAAUAUAUUAACAUACAUAUAUACACAGACAUACACUUUAAUUGGCCUGUUCAUAGUUAAAACAUAAUAAUAGUCAGUUAACCUUUUAAGCAUUUCACAUGUCCAUGCCCAUUGACAUAUUUGUUUUUAUUUGCUGAUGUUUUAUACACUUUUCCUGUAUAAAAAGUUCAGUAUUUUUAAUUAGAAAUAAUUUGUCUGAAAGGAUUUUACUUAUUGCAGUAUAUUACAUCAAGUACCACACUGUAGCUUGCCUAGCCCAUGUGAUAGAUUGGGAGAGCCAGUUCUUUUCAAAACAUUUCGUCUUAGUGCCUUCUAAACAAGAUAGCACCUUGCUCUGAUUUCCUGAUAAAACAUGUAACUCAAAUCUUGCUUAGCUGUUAUCUUUUAAUACAGAUACUUUAGUCCUUUUAACGACUUCUUGUUAAUUGGUGAAAUGCUAUAAAAUCAGUUAAAAAGCUAUUCUCCUUGUUACUUUAAAAUGUGAAAAAAGAAACAUGGUUGCCAUGUUUGACUGUUUCAUAUACAAGGUAUAUACAAGGAGAUCCUAUGCUCUACUAUUUGCUUAAGCAAUGAAAGUUGUUCCAGAUAUAUAUUUUUGCUUUUUAAUAGGUCAUAUGAGCCCACUCAUUCUGCAGUUCUGAAUCCUUUUGUAAUCUAAGCAGCAUGUAUAGAAACAGUUCCAUAUUUCCUCAUACUGGAAGUGGGUCUGAAUCCCAUUUUUCCUUAUACAUUACAGAAUUUGAUUUGGCUUCUCUUUCUGUUUCGGAGGGCUAUUGGCUAUAUGAAAAAUUCCCUAUACAAUUUGCCAGUACGGUUUAUUAAAAGAGCAUUCUCAGUCUCUUCCUCUGUUAAGCUUUUGGAAUUUUUAAAACUAUUUUGGAUAUUGUUCUCCUGAAUUUCUGUCAGCAAUAAUAUUUUCUACAAGUUAAGAUUUUUGAAGCAGUCUCUUUGUCAGUGUUGUCUGAAUAGAAUUUAAAACUCUUGUUAUACAAACUUACUUCAAAGUGUGCUUUGUGUCUUAUUUUAAAUUUGGUUUAUUGGCUCACAUAUUAUACAACUCUCAUUCCUCAUAUAGGAAAACAUUUUUUUUUGCUUAUAAUAAGCCUGUAAGCUACAUGUUCAUGUUCUUCCUCUGAAAUGUAAUUCUUGUUUAGUAAUCCUUUGAUUCUUUCCAAUCUAAACCAUCCAAUGAUGGUUCUUCAGUGCCUCAAGCUUGCCAGACACAAAUAGAAGAUAUUUAUUUUGGAUUCCAGGUUGAAGGGGUGAAAAGGAGCAUUGAAAACUGUGUGCAUUUGUAAGAACAAGCCAACUCCAGUGCAAAGCAAGCCACUGAGUGGCUUUUUUGCAUGUUUUAAAUGACUGUCUCAUUUCAUGUUGAACUUUUCCCCAAAGAGCUAUGAAUUUGUUAGUGUACUGUUUCAAUCAGUCAUUUACAGUCUAUAUUUGACUUAAAUGGACAUAUUUGUAUCACGCUUCACCUAACUCUAUGGGUUUAUAGGGCUCACCAGAUUAAAUUGCACAACACUCUAAACUAAAAUGUGAUUUGGUACUUUAUAAUUUGAAGUGUCAUGCAAAUUCAACCAGCAUUAUAUGCUCCUCAAAAUUUUCUGUGCACCCUUUUGAAUGUUUGCAGUGGUGCUUGCUAUCAUCAACCUUUUUUUCUGUAAUUUCUUAAUGUCAGAUUGAGAAAUCUUGACUCAUUCCUUGGUGAUGAAGUAGUUUAGAAAUGUUUUGGUACUUUUAAAAAAAAGAUAAGCACGAGUCUGAUCUUUGUUUCAAAAUAUUUGGGGAAGUUGAAAUGCUUUUGUUUUAAUAUUUGCAUUAUGUCGACACCCCACCCAAUUGGACAUAGAUUCAAAGUAUAUACAGGAACUGGCCAAAAUUUCUUGAGAUAUCUGAAAUUCAUCUAUGCGAUGGAUUCCAAUGGGUUUUCUCUAAAAUAAAACUUACACAUUUAUAUAUUUUGAAAUAAAAUAGGAGCCUUUAACCUUAAAAAAGAUUAUUUAAUCUGAUACUUCUAGAUGUGUUGAGGCUCUAACCUCAAGGAUACUCAGUUCUUGAGGUUACAAAGAUUUUUGGAAAUGUAGUACUGCUACAACUGAAGGAUGCCAGGUUGAGGAAAAACCGCCCUAUAAAAUGAAUUUGAAGCAUGUGCAAACUUUCUCUUCCCUGCUUUUUCCAAUAAAUACCUUGAUAAAUAUUUAUUUAAAAGUCAGUGCAAGUCACGCUAACCUGUGUUGGGAGAUCCACUAAUGUCUGUAUAAAAUAUUAAUUGAUCACCUUGUAAGUCUCUCUGGACAAUUCCUCCUCUUAUACUGUAGUCAGUGAGGAAAUGUUUCUGUAUUAUUUGUGUUAGCUUUUCUACUAUAGAACCCAAUAAUUAUUUAUUUCAUUGCUGAUGUAUUUUGUUCUUUAUGAACAGCAGACUUUCUGAAGUCUUAGUUGUCCCUGCAAUUAGAAUUUCAGGAAAAAAGUAUGCUAGAUUUUUCUGAAACUUCAUAAGGUUUUAAAAAUUUCUAUCAGUCAAAAAAUUGCAAAUGCAAAAUACAUUUGAACAGGUUGACCUGUGCAAAUAAGUCAAAAUACAUGGUUGCCCUCCCUUUUGUUAAGUAAAUAAGAACAUUUUAUUAUAUGCAUAUAUAGUUAUCAUUACCAUGGGUCAUUAAACAAUGCCAGUUUAGAAACUGCAAAACCUCAGAUAUUUUUAAUGCCAUUGAAACAAUUCAUUGUUCCAUAACAGCAAUAAUUGUUUGUCAGCUGAUGGAUUUGCCUAUAUGUUUUGCACUAAAAGCAAUGUGGUUAUCCAUUUUUAUUACACUAAUUCAUUACUGUCUAAAUGACUUCAGAUAUUCCAGCUGUAUAUCCAUUUUCUUGUUUAUGCUUAUAUCUUCUUAUAGUUUCCAGGCAAUGGCACAGGAACAAUUAAUAAUUUCUAUAAAGAGAUUAUGAAUGUUAAGCCAUUCAGUUCCCUGUGAUGGACUGUUCCAUGGAGAUUGCUUCAAGCAAAUUCAGAUGUUUCCCUCCAGUACAUGUGCUUUUACAGAUCUGAAUCUGAUUGGAGAAAUUGAUAGUUGUCUAACUUAGCAUUCAUCCCAAAAAUUAUAUUUAAAAAGACUGAAGUUAAUUUUAUGGUCAAAUAUCUCUGAAACAUUGAAAUAGGAUAGUAGCUUCCUUUCAUUUAAAAAAUCUUAAAUAGUCCUAAAUUGUUCUUAAGGUGAUGUUUUUAAUUAGUUGGAAAGCUGUUGUUCUUUAAUAAAACAACCUAGAUUGUUGAGAUAUCUUAUACAAAGAAAUAUCUUUGCUUCAUUGAGAGGCAUCUUGUAGUUUUAGUGAGUACAUCUAGUAAGCACAGAAGCAGAGGACUUAAAAGGAGGCGGUGCAUGGUAUGUAGGAUAUGUGAGACAUCUGGUUAUCAAAGUAUUGUAAUUGUUAUUGGCAUUAUGUUAUUUUAAUAGCAAUCAGUAUGGCUGGUUAGUGAUCAGGAUGAAUUCCUGCCCAGAGUCAUGGUGAAAAUAUGACUCAUGAAAGAUUGCAUCAACAGCUGGGAUAAUUACCAAGAAGCUGUUAGAGGAAAAAAAUAUUUUCACUAGUUCCCUUCCUACUGUGAAUAUCAGUAGUCGAUAAUACUUAUUUUAAAUGCAGUCUUAUUUACAGUAGUUUUGACAUACAUUUCUGGAUGUCUUUUUCAAACUCCCGGUGUUAAAAAAUACUUUUGAGUAGGAGUGUCAUGGAUUGAAUUGGGGCUUGUAUUACAAAAUGGUGACUUACUAAUUAGUUUAAAAUAUUUUAAGAACCUGGGCAUGUAACAGAUCACACCAAAAUCAGGUCUGCAUCAAACUUCAGAUAUGUGUGAAAUAGAACAUAUGUUGUUUAAACAUUUCAUUGUUCUGAAUUUUGGAUGAAACAACACUCUAGAAGGAAUCCAUAAAGAUCCAGGAGUGAUAUGGGAUGAGUAGGGUAAGGCCCCCCUUCUGGUUGCUCUGGGUGUCAUACUCCAAUUGCCUGCCUGCCUCCAAUUUCCCUCCUCCUCUUCCACAAACUAAUGUGUGGAACAGCAUUGUUUUGUUCUAUAUAUAAUCCAAAGAUUACAAAACAUGCAUGGUUCACUUAGAAUAUUGGCUACUCAACACAGUUCCAUGCAUGGUACAGUUUGCACAUUCCUACAGAAAAUCCAUUCUAUGCAGGAAACCAUUAUAGUAACCUUAGAGUCUUAAAUGAUUCUAAGUCUUAUAUCUUUAAAUGAUUCGGAAUAGGCAAAAUGUAUGUAUAUUAUUGGUUUAUUCCAAAAAACUGAAGACAAAUUUGUGUUAGACAUAUUAGGUACCUGUAUAAGUGAUACUUUAGAUUUGGAGACUCUUUUAUACAUUAUUUUAAUGUUGAAUUUAUCUGAUUACAAGUUUCCUGAUAACCGUCUUCACCUAGAAAUAACUACUGAAAGCCACCAGUCUGCACACUAGAGUGGGUAUUGAUUGAUUUGGGUGUUAGUCAGGCUUUGGGGCAUUCUGUCCUAUGAAAACAGUGUUCCCUGGAAUCUUGAUAGGAAUCUGGGCCUCUUUUAAAUGGUAUUUUCAACUCACUAUUAUCUAUUACUAGAUAAUGCUUUAAUCAGUCCACAUCUAUAGUAGAGAGGGAUAAUGCAAGUUGUAGCUCAGCCACAUUUUCCACCUCUGCUCUAAAAUAUAUUCAAGAUUGCCUAGUUUGAAAUUGGGGUGAUAUCUGUAAUGAUGAGCAAGCAAUCAUUUGGCAUCUUACUGAAAAAAAAACACCUCUCAGAAAUACAUGCAGGGGAGUCUCAGCUUCAUAGGAACAGCAUAUUGAAAAUAUUAUCUUAGCUGUUGAUCAGGCUUGGUAAAACAAAUAUGCAAGAAACUCAUCCUGGUAAAAUAAGCUGUUCAAAUAAUUAUCCAACUUAAUUUUUUAAUGUAACAUGUUAGAUAAUUCAUUGCCUAAUAAGACUAAAUUGUAAGGAGCAUAGAUAGAACUCAUUAAUCAAAACCAUUCCUUAUUUUGGACAAAUCCACUUGAAAGAUGGAAAUGGCAAUAUUGACUUUAGAGUGUUACCAGCUGUUAAUGUUCUGAAUUAUAUUUGUGAAAUUGGCCUUUUGUACAACAGUGUGAAUGAAUAUUAACAUAAUUUAACUAUUGUAUGUUUUGGAAGUACAAGCCAUUUUACAGGAGGGGGGAAAAUAAAAUAGUAUUCCAGUAUUA